UCCCUCCCGCUCCCCCACCCAUAGCAGCCAGACACAGUGAGAAGGCAGGGAUUGGAUGUGCUCUCUCUCUGAAGGGUCCUCCCUGGGGUCCAUUCCUGAUCUUACAUCCCUACUUUUUGGAGCCUGGACCAGAAGGAGACUGUGCCCUUCUCCCCUAGUCUGGGGCCCCUGGGAGCUGGAUGAGGCUGGCACAGUAUGCCAGGGUGUCAGUGUGCUGUGUUCCUUGCCCUUGUAGGGGCAUUAAGAUGGGGCUUCAGCUGAGGAGCAGGAAGGCUAUCCCAGGGAUGGAUGUUAUGGAUGGAGCCAGGCUUGCCCUCUGAAUGCCCCUUACAUGCCAUCUCCCUUCUCCAUCCCCUGAGCGUCUCUUUCCCUGCGGCGGGUGGGCAGGUGGGGGCUGCAGCAGGAGAGAGGGCAAACCUGGCACUGGCUGGAUGGCAUGGCGCAGACACAGUCCGACUGAAGGUCCAGCUCCAUUCAGCCUCCACAAUGCAAACGUGAAAGGGGAUCCUGCCAUUACCUCAGCUCAAAAUGUAAUUCUCCUGCACUGGUGAGAGACAGUCUUGGCCGAGGGGCCAUGGAGAUGCUGUUGUGUCUGUUGGUGACGGGAGCCCUGGGGUACUUAGGAAUGGCACAGCACUGCCCCGGCCGCUGCAUUUGCCAGACUAAUUCUCCCACCCUAACCAUGCUGUGUGCCAAGACUGGGCUGCUCUUUGUGCCACCAGCCAUCGAUCGUCGGACAGUGGAGCUACGUCUGACUGACAAUUUUAUUACCAUCAUUAGACGCAAAGACUUUGCCAACAUGACCAACCUGGUGCACCUUACGCUAUCACGGAAUACCAUAAGCCAGAUAAUACCCCUGGCAUUCUCUGACCUGCGUUCUUUAAGAGCCUUGCACAUGAACAACAACAGACUUUCAGCACUGCGACUUGAGCACUUCAGAGGUUUGGGUAACUUACGUCACCUCAUUCUAGGUAACAAUCAGAUCAAUACGAUACAACCAGGAGCCUUCAAUGAAUUCCUACCAACCGUGGAGGAUCUGGACCUUUCUUACAACAAUCUGGUGGAGCUGCCUUGGGAGGACGUUGGGCAAAUGGUUAAUCUAAACACACUGACCCUUGAUCACAACCUUAUUGACUAUAUUGCAGAAGGGACAUUUACCAUGUUGCAUAAGCUAGUCAGACUCGAUAUGACCUCUAAUCGGUUGCACAAGUUACCCCCAGACAACCUCUUCCUCAGAUCACAAGUUUUGGCCAAUACUAGAGGUCCAAGCGCUUCAUCUCUCGCCAUUAGUUUUGGAGGGAACCCUCUACAUUGCAACUGUGAACUCCUGUGGCUCCGACGGCUAACAAGAGAAGAUGACCUGGAGACAUGUGCCUCCCCAGAGCAGCUGACUGAUAAAUAUUUCUGGUCCAUCCAAGAAGAGGAGUUUAUAUGUGAGCCUCCUCUCAUUACAAGGCACUACUCCAGCAAACCUUUUGUCAUGGAAGGGCAAGCUGUAAGCCUAAAAUGCAAGGCAGUCGGAGAUCCUGAGCCAUCAAUUCACUGGAUUGGUCCUGAUGGAAAGCUUAUCCACAAUACGACAAGGAUUACAGCUUAUGACAAUGGAACACUGGACAUCACGAUUACCACGUUAAAAGACAGUGGUGCUUUUACAUGUAUUGCAUCAAAUGCAGCUGGAGAAGCCACCGCCCCAGUGGACUUAGCAAUAGUGCCCCUCCCACUUCUUGUCAACAACACAGGACACAUGAAAGGGGCAGAUCCAGGGUUCUCCGACAUUACAAUCUCUGCAAAGUCUGGAUUUAAUGACACCAAGAACCCGCAGGACAGAAGAAUUGUGGUGGACAAGCUCAAGACCACAUCAGUGGUCAUCCAGUGGCCAUCUGAACGUCACAUUCCUGGGAUCCGCAUGUAUCAGAUUCAGUACAACAGCUCUUUAGAUGAUUCACUGGUCUAUAGGAUGAUACCCCCAAGUAAUCGAAGUUUCCUGGUGAAUGACUUGGCACCUGGCCGCGAGUAUGAUCUGUGUGUCCUGGCUGUGUAUGAUGAUGGUAUGACUUCACUGACCGCCACUAGGGUAGUGGGUUGUGUUCAGUUCAGCACAAAAGAAGAAGUUGGGCAGUGCCAGCCUCUCCACACUCAAUUCCUUGGUGGCACUAUGAUUAUAAUUAUAGGAGGGAUUAUUGUGGCCUCUGUGCUGGUUUUUAUUAUCAUCCUGAUGAUCAGAUACAAAGUCUAUAGUGGCCAAGAAGAAGGUGGAAAAGCAAGGGUUAGCAAUGUCUACUCUCAGACAAACGGGCAGCAGGCUAUGGCAUGUGCCCAUUCGUGUGCCAAGCUGGGAGAGAAUAAUUAUGAACCUUUGCCCCCAAUAUCCAAAGAGACCCCGACAGAGGGUAAAGAUGCUGGAAAAAGAGAGGAUCCUCCCUUUUCGCCUCUUCCAGCACCUCUGACAGAACUGGACAAGAGAAGAACUCAAACAUCGAAUGAUCUUCAGACGGUGGCACUUCUGUCCUCUCUGUCUGGGGAUGGGGACCAGACAGAGACAAGUGCCCUGGGCUCCACCACUUCACUCUGUCUGAUAACGUCUGAAGGGCAAAGUCGAACUGGGCCCAAAGCAACCUCCAGGACUUAUCAGCAUCGGUUCUCAUUCGAUGGAGACUACACCUUGUUCCAGAGCCACAGUUAUCCCCGCAGGGCACGGACAAAGAGACACAUGUCCACCUCAGAGCUGCACACUCAGGAGGCUGCCCUUGGGCAUCGGAGGGUUGCAUUUAGCAGCACAGAGUGGAUGCUCGAGAGCACCGUCUGAGGGCAUUAGGGGAACAGAACCUUUGGAGGAGGCAGAUUAAAUGGAGGGGCAUGUCCUUUUAAACCUCAUGCUUUUUCAGUGUUCAAGUUAGGGGCCAACACUCAUACACUGUUAGUGUGCUGUAUUAUAAAACAAUACUGAGUAUAUUUACCUAAUUCCCAACACUUAUGCAAAGCCACAAGGAAUAAAUAUUGGUCUGAGCCAAAGUCCAGGACAGUAACCCAACAACUGUCCUCUUUCUUCAAUCUGCAAGUCCACUACUACUGCCAUCAGUGGUAGACAUUGCCAAUCAACACGGCAGCUCUUCUCGAUCACUGAGUAGUAAAACAAUAUCUACUCGCUCUGUAUUGUUGUAUAAUGCCUGUCAUUUUGUCUGCAAUGUUGGGGUGGGAUCCUGUUCCAGUGAUGCCAAAAUUUGCUGCAUCAGAGUUCAAAGGCAGUGCACGGCCACUAAAUGGGACCAAUCUCUGCUCAUUUUCAUACUGGUAUCUCUAGCUGACCUUGCGCAGAGUCACACAAUCAUUUCUGGAGAAGCCCCUCCACUCUUCCUUCCAAUCAUCCACACUUACUUGCCUCCUGUAAAUCCUUCCUCCUCUGGUUUGGAGAUAAAGAGGGCUGUUGUUCUGGUUGGGUUUCAGAGUUAUGGUUGAGAAAUGCUGAGCCCGUGAAGCAGUGCCUUAAACCACGCGUGAGACCAGCACAUGGGUGCUGAGCACCACCCUGACCAAGGCACCCUCUUGUACCUCAGGGCCUGGGUCUGAGUCCCUGAGCGGAGGUUAAAGUUGAACAUGCUGGUUUAUUUGGGGGAAACUGGACAUAUGCACAAACGACACGAUACCCAAAACUACUGUACAAACCCUUCCUGCGAAACGGAGAAAGUGCUUACAGACACACGUCUGACAAGAUGUCUGCUUUCACAUCUAGCUGGCCUGGAUCCUUUCUGAGUCCGUAAAGUCAGGAGCCUUGCUAGGACUUGGGGGGGAGGAAUUAAAUUAUAUUAAAAUGUACAACACACGUUUUUACAUUAAAAACCUGUGUCAACCUUCCCCAUCUCUGACUCCCCAUUACAUAUACCAUGGCGGAGAGACGCUGGUGGGUGCUGAGGGUGGAUUAAAGUCCUUUCUGUGACUCAGA